UCCAUUUCUUGUACCAGGAGAAGACCGACUGUUUUUUCCUUGAGGGGACACAGCAGGUGCGUUACCUGGACAGGUACUUCUACGAUCGGCAGGAGUUUGUUCGCUUCGACAGCCGCCUCGGGAGACACAUGGCCGUCACGGAGCUGGGGCAGCUGGAGGCCAAGGAGUGGAACGCCAACAAGCUCAUUCUGAUGAUGAAGAGGGCCGAAGUGGAUCGCUUCUGUGGGCACAACUACGAGGUGGCCAAGAUGGGGCUCGUGGUUGGCCGGAGAG